UCUCUCCAUUCCGACCAGCUGCUCAGCAUUUGCUUUGCGGGGGCGUCAUUGAGCGGUAGAGCCGGGGUUUCUUAUUAUUGGCGAGAACCUGCAGUCAACUCCACUCUCACCCAUCUCUCAUCUUCACCAAAACAAGUCCGGGAUUCAAGCAUGCCUCCGUCUCCCCGGACCCCAAAUGUCAGCUGAUUUCCCCCGACCGACAGAAGACGGAGAUUCCGCCGAGUAAUGCCACUGCGACAGCCCACAUCCGCGCGUAUCGUCGACACCUGCAGCAGAAAGACCAGACAAGACCACAGUGUGUGACAGAAGAUCAGAGAUCGGCCCCCGCACCCCCUGCACACACAGUCCCCCCUCGCUUCCGACCCCCAGGAUGUCCGGCAGCAACGCAAGUCUCGCGGAGUGACUGAUCAAAUCGGUCCCCUUCCCUCUGGCCCAUCGGCUGACCAUGAAAGAAGUGUUCGACGCCGAGGGCCGACCAAGGGUGGACCUGCUCAAAGCUCACCUCACCAAGGAGGGCCGGCUGGAGGAGGCGGUGGCCCUGCGCAUCAUCGACGAGGGUGCCGCCAUCCUGCGCCAGGAGCGCACCAUGUUGGACAUUGAGGCACCAGUAACAGUGUGUGGUGACAUCCAUGGCCAGUUUUUCGACCUGAUGAAGUUGUUUGAAGUGGGAGGUUCACCAGCCAACACGCGCUACCUCUUCCUGGGGGACUAUGUGGACAGAGGCUAUUUCAGUAUUGAGUGCGUGCUGUACUUGUGGUCACUGAAAAUCCUCUACCCAAAGACACUCUUUCUUCUGCGGGGAAACCAUGAAUGUAGACAUCUGACGGAAUAUUUCACCUUCAAACAAGAAUGUAAGAUUAAGUAUUCGGAGCAGGUGUAUGACUCCUGCAUGGAGGCGUUUGAUUGCCUGCCCCUAGCAGCCCUGAUGAACCAGCAGUUCCUCUGCGUGCAUGGGGGUCUUUCACCAGAGAUCCACACACUGGACGACAUCAAAAAGUUGGAUCGAUUCAAGGAGCCUCCGGCUUUUGGGCCCAUGUGUGACUUGUUGUGGGCAGACCCACUUGAAGAUUUUGGCAAUGAGAAGACCCAAGAGUACUUUGGACACAACACAGUCAGAGGCUGCUCCUAUUUCUAUAGUUACCCGGCAGUGUGUGAGUUUUUACAGACCAACAACUUGCUUUCCAUCAUCAGAGCACAUGAAGCACAGGAUGCUGGAUACCGUAUGUACCGAAAGAGUCAGACAACAGGUUUUCCUUCACUCAUCACCAUCUUCUCUGCUCCAAACUACUUGGAUGUCUAUAAUAAUAAAGCGGCGGUGCUGAAAUAUGAGAACAACGUCAUGAACAUCCGCCAGUUCAACUGUUCUCCUCAUCCGUACUGGCUGCCUAACUUCAUGGACGUCUUCACCUGGUCUCUGCCUUUUGUGGGGGAAAAGGUGACAGAGAUGCUGGUAAAUGUCCUGAGUAUCUGCUCUGACGACGAACUCAUGAAUGAUGGCGAUGAGAUCUAUGAUGCCAGUGCGGCUGCAGCCAGGAAGGAAGUGAUUAAGAACAAAAUCCGUGCGAUUGGCAAGAUGGCGAAAAUGUUUUCAGUUUUACGAGAGGAGAGUGAGAACGUGUUGACCCUGAAGGGACUGACCCCCACAGGUAUGCUGCCAAGUGGAGUGUUGUCAGGGGGCAAACAGACUCUCCAGAGCGCUACCAUUGAGGCCAUAGAAGCCAUCGAGACAGUUAAGGAUGCUGAAGCCAUCCGAGGCUUCUCCCCGCAGCAUCGGAUCAGCAGUUUCGAGGAGGCCAAAGGUCUGGACCGAAUCAACGAGAGAAUGCCGCCGCGACGUGACGCCAUCAACAGUGUGGGCCUGUCAAUGGGCCGCAUGAAUAUGGGAGAGCCCAAUGGGACGGAUAGCAACAGCAAUAUACAGUGACGGAUGCGUACUGUCACACGGCCAGGAACACUUGCUGCAGUUACGACACCCUUAUAGCGCCACCCUGACAGAUAUCUGUACAUAGACAUACUCAAUACGCAAAACACUCAGAUGCAGUAUUUCAAAUACACAUACAAACUCACGUGAUUAUCUACCCCUUCUCUUUGCUGUAUGUAAAGGCUUAAGUGUGAGCCGGACUUGACAAAGUCUUAUCUAUCAAGAGAAGUCCAACUCCCUUGUACCUGCACGACAACAACAAGGACAGUGGAACGUGGCUACUAUCCGCUGUGCAUGUCGGCGAUUGCCAGCAGGUGGACGGCGUCAUGCGGCCGUGUUGACGAAGAGCGAGUGGGUUCGAGGUGCGACCACCGCGUCUAAUCGUGUUCCUGUUUGCAUCCAAAAGCGAGAAAUGGAACCAAACUUACUAUGUUUUUAGGGGAUUGCUGAUAUGCUUUAACAGUGUCCAUGCAGUUAUAUUUGACAAAUGUGUCUUCACCAAGAUGGAGAUGGAAAGAAAAAAAACGACGGAGAUCCGCAAAGAUAAUCGCAGCUGCAGUCGUCCUCUUCUGUUAGUGUGGGGAGGAGAUUCCCAUUUGCUUUUGUAGCACAACACCUCCACCCAGUUAGAGUGGAGGCCCACACACCCCUUCUGGUCUCAGGCUAACUAGCUCUCGAGGGGGAAAAAAAACUCUCUUGAGUUUUGGUAAGUAAACAGCAUACUUGGAACGUUUAUAUUGGCCGCAUAGCAGAAAAAGAAUGCGAGAGGGGGCAGUGGUUGAAAUGUGAAGUCAUUGUAAUCUAAUUCCCCGUCCACAAGCCUCUUGCUACCAAACGACAGUGACGGCCAACAAUCUCUGAAGUAGGACAUUCUGUUUUGCAGAAGAAACGUACUCUUCAGCUGUCAAGAUGAGACGUCAGAGGAAAAUAUCUUUGUAAAGCAUUUCUAUUAUUGCAUCAGUGCAUGCACAGUUAAGUUAUUUGAGAAUAAUGUGAAUUAUAUUUGUGCUCUGUGUUUCACAAUAGUAGGAAUUCUUUUCUUCUGUUUUUUUCUGGUCAAUAAGAGGAUUAAUGAAAAACUUAUUUUGCACAUAAUGUUAAUUUGCUUUUUUGUAUCACUUUGUGUUAUAUUAUGAUUACUUUCCUUCCCGGUACUUUUCAUCCCCUCCUAUCCGUUUCUUUCGGCGCUGUACAGAAUGACAGUACACUUUGAAUCAAAGGUGUGGAAUCCACAUCCAAUACUUUGUUCUUUGUCAAUGUACAGGAAUCGUUUUUAAUCAAAUACAAAUUAGUAUCGAAUGGCCACACUAUACACAAAGGCAAAGGCAUUCGGGCAGCCAAAAGCAUGAUUGCAUGGUUAAAAAAAAAAACGGGGGGAAAAAAAGGAAAGAAUUGUGCAGUUCAAAG